AUGGACAGGCGACCAUUUGCUUUUCUCACACUAGGAUUCAUUUAUGCUGUUCUCGGCUGUGGUGAGAAUUAUCACUGUGGGUAUAUUCGGUGUAACGCGCUAACACCUCAUGAGCAUGACGGAGGCUAAAUUCGGUUUCGAAGGGGAUACAUAACUGAAAAUAAGUCAGCAAAUUAAUCCCCAAUCUACAAAUGCAUCUUCUAUUAUCGAAUUUCCCUGGUUGAGAUUUAACAAAACUGUAAAAUCUUUCCAUAAGGACAGUGCAACGUGUGCGUGUAUGCAUUAAAAUACCGUGAAGUGAUUUUUUAAAACCAACAAAUCCGUUCUUAGAUUUGGCUUCGAGUCUAAAUUACUUGGCGAACCUAAAAAUGCAGUUACCAGGAGGGCAGAGAAUUGCGAUUUCAGCGUCAACUAAGGCAUUCAUUCGGUGCAGGCAUAUCAUACAUGGGCUACCAUAAUUAUUCAACCUUUUAAAUUUAGAUAAGUGUGUUCUAUCUCAAAUUGGCCAACUAUGUUGAAAUGCUUUGCCCAUUAGUUUAUUCCACCAUCCUGCGGGAUGAUAAUCUAAAACCUAACUUCAUCACAAUACUUCCACACAAACAGAAAUGUCCACCAUAGUCUUCAUAAGAAAUACCGUUUUUACUUCCCUACUUGGUUCAUGGUCAAAUGCCAACCAACAAUGCCGGUCAUUCAACAGUCGACCUAGGUGCUGCUCAGCUCUAUAAGCCCUACAAUAGGACCGACGAUAAUCCACACUUAACCAUUCUUAUUUGAAUUCCAGACAAGGAUGAGCCGUACGGAUACUACAAGAUUUGCUUGAAACCCAGAAGCGAAUGCACCACAGUACGUUACGCGGCGAUAGAUAAGUCAAAUGGCACUGCGUGUCGAGAAGCUUGUGCCACAGGACCAGGUAUGAUUAAGUUAUUUGAGUUUCGUGCGCUUUAGUACUUGCGACUUUGCAAUUGCCUACAGAGAUUUCCGUUCACACAGCGUUUCACUUUUACUGUCUUAAGCCUCCAAUACGAAGAUCCUCACAGCCUUCAACUGUCCUGAUGACGAGUAUAAAAGCUGCAAGAAGUACCAGAUAACUGGACGUGAUGGACAUGCCGAAAGUUUUGCCAGACACGUCAAGUGCGUACUGGCAUGCGAACUUGUGAACUCCAGUAAGACAGACUGCUUUGACUAG